UGCAGUAUGCAUCUUGAAAUUUUCAUCCCACUUAAGGGCUUGGGGUACAGAGAACUUGAUAAUAUUUGGGAAAUUUAGGAAGUCUUCUUGAAUGCUUCUUUGACAUCUAUAAGAAAACUAGAACAACUUCACAGUCAGAAAAUAGGUUGUUAAGUGUCCAGACUCCAGUUCCCAGUGGUUUUCCUCACUUGAGAAUUAGGACUGGGGGUAAAAUCAUUUUCAAUGUCAAUCAAUGAAUUUGUUCUAGCCGGAUCCUGGCUCUAUUCUCACUGCAGAAUCUAACAACCUAUCAUUUCUCUGCAGAGACUCCCGGGAGCUGCUGGAAUAUCUACAGAGCUACUAAGUGUUAGCCAGCGGUCUAAGGGUUAGGGCUGUCAAACCACAUUUGUGAGCAGCUGCAUCUAAGGAGGAUAUUACACUCCUUUCUGGAACACAAUUGGCAGAGCUGGUGAUGGCCUGUGGAUCAGGGCUCCUGUUGCCUCUGCUGCUGGGGCAACUGUGCUCUCAGUUUCCAGGAACCUCUGGGGCUAGUAUGCAGCACCACAGGGAUCUGCAGAAAGACAAUGGCAGCUGGGGACUGGAAGGAACACAGGAAAAUGGUUCAGUGGUGUCUACUCACACACUCCUCUUCUCUCUGGAUUACCAGCAUGUGCAGAUUCCUUUUGAGAUCACACUCUGGAUCAUGUUAGCCUCUCUGGCAAAGAUAGGAUUUCACCUCUAUAAUAAGAUGCCCACAGUUGUACCUGAGAGCUGUCUCUUGAUAUUUGUAGGUCUCAUCAUGGGAGGACUAAUCUACAGUUUAAAUGAUAAAUCCCCACCAGUCAUGGAUAGUGACAUAUUUUUCCUCUAUUUGCUUCCACCAAUAGUGCUUGAGGCAGGAUAUUUUAUGCCAAGUCGGCCCUUUUUUGAGAACAUAGGAACCAUUCUGUUGUAUGCAGUAGUUGGAACCAUGUGGAAUGCCUUUGGAAUAGGCCUUUCCCUCUAUGGCAUAUGCCAGGUAGAGUACUUCAACCUUCAAGACCUAUCAUUGCUCCAUAACCUUUGGUUUGGUAGCCUGAUUGCUGCAGUGGAUCCUGUCGCUGUACUGUCUGUAUUUGAAGAAAUACAUGUGAAUGAAAAGCUUCAUAUUUUGGUAUUUGGAGAAUCUCUCCUUAAUGAUGCCGUUACUGUUGUUCUCUAUAAAUUGUUCAAAUCUUUUUGUGAGAUGCCAUCUAUCAAAUUAUUGGAUGUUUUGGCUGCAAUAGGAAAGUUUUUUUUGGUUGGAAUAGGAGGAGUUUUCAUCGGGUUCCUGUUUGGCAUGUUUGCUGCCUUUACGACCCGCUUUACCAAGACAAUCCGGGUCAUUGAACCCCUCUUCGUCUUCUUGUAUAGUUAUCUCUCCUACCUGACAGCUGAAAUGUUCCAUCUUUCAGGAAUUGUGGCAAUUAUUGCCUGUGCCAUGAGCAUGAAACGUUAUGUGGAAGCUAACAUUUCUCAGAAGUCCCAUACUACUAUCAAAUACUUUAUGAAGAUGUGGAGCAGUGUUAGUGAUACUCUUAUAUUCAUCUUCCUUGGUGUUUCUACCAUUGGAAAUAACCAUGAAUGGAAUUGGCCUUACAUUUGUUCCACUAUCAUUUUUUGUCUUAUUUGGAGAGCACUAGGAGUUCUUGUGUUGACUUUCUUCGUGAACAAGUUUCAUGUGAAUACAGUCACCAGAAAGGACCAGUUUAUUAUAGCCUAUGGGGGCCUUAGAGGAGCAAUCUGUUUUUCCCUUGUUUUUCUGCUCCCAGAAUUUUCCAGAAAGAAGCUCUUCAUUGCAGCAACCACAGUUGUUAUUCUCUUUACUGUUUUUGUACAGGGGAUGACCAUUCGUCCUCUUGUUGACUUACUAGAUGUUACAAGGAGAAGAGAGACCUCUCCAACUGUGAGUGAGCAAAUUCUUAUUAGGUUCUUUGACCAUUUGUUGGCCGGCAUAGAAGAUAUAUCAGGACACUGGGGACAAUAUUACUGGAAAGACAAAUUAGAAUAUUUCAAUAGUAGAUACCUUCAGAAGAUCUUGCUCAGAGAAUAUGACCAGCCGAAAUCAAGCAUUGUCCUUCUUUAUGAAAAACUUGAGAGAAAACACGCCAUUGAACUAGCAGAAGCAGGCCAGUUAAUACAUACGCCAUCUAGCACAUCCUUGCUCCGUGAGACAGCUAUGUCAAUUCAAUCUCCAGCACCUACAAAUCAGGACCUCCUGGAUAAUAUUCAAGAAAUAUUGAGUACAAACCUUUAUAAAAUUAGGAGAGUGGCUCCAGCAUAUAACAAGUACACCCUUCCAGGGGAAAUGGCAACAGCAGAACAGGCAAAGGAAAUUCUCAUUCGGCGCCAUAAGAGCCUACGACCAAGUUUUUCUCCAUAUGACUGCGAUCAAUCUCAAAAGGAGAAAGAUAUCUAUUCCUUAUCACAUGGUGCUCAUGAAAUGAAGGCUAAACGGUGCCAGUCAUUAACUCCAGCGGAUUUCCUAACUCCUUCUGGUGUGAAAUAUAACCGUUCCAAGUCAGAAUGUUAUAUCCCGUCUCUGAAGGCUAGCAGCGUGGAAUGCAUAAAUGAAUAUGAAAGAGAUAAAGAUCAAGUUUUGUAA